GGGUCCUAGUCCAGGUACUCAGAGCCGAGCUCACUUGGGCCCCGGGACUUCAGCUGAGCCAUAGACCCGGCGCAGCAACUCAGUGACAAUCGAUUGCGGACAGAGCUCAGGACCAGACAACACCCAAGCUGGCCACUCCCGCGGAGAGCCCACCUUUGGAAGUCUAGAUGCCAAGUUCAGAGGCAGCGAGGACCUCAGGCCAGAAGGUUGAACCAAAACCACUGCUGUGGGGCAGAUGGAAUGAGUCCGAGACCAGCAGAUGAACAGACAGAAGCUUAAAGACCCAGGAACGGCUCUGCCUUCCUGUUCCUUGGUCCUUCUGUGUCACUCAUCACUUUCCACAGUGACAUCGUGCCUGGCUACAAGCUGCCUGGAGACAAGAAUGAGUGACAGGGCCUCAAGCAACUGGAGCCCAGGCAGCUGGGUGCUAGCACUGUACCUGGCCUGGCUGUGGAUACGUCUGGCCUCUGCCUCCUUGCAGCCACCAACAGCCACAGCCCUUGUGAAGCAGGGCACCUGUGAGGUGAUCGCUGCUCAUCGCUGCUGCAACCGGAACCGCAUUGAGGAGCGCUCCCUGACAGUCAAAUGCUCCUGCCUUUCCGGCCAGGUGGCUGGCACCACGAGGGCAAAGCCCUCCUGUGUGGACGCUUCCAUUGUCCUGCAAAAGUGGUGGUGUCAGAUGGAGCCCUGUCUGCUGGGGGAGGAGUGUAAGGUGCUCCCGGACCUGUCGGGGUGGAGCUGCAGCAGUGGACACAAGGUCAAAACCACCAAGGUCACACGGUAACUCUUGGAGGUCACGGCUUAGGCAGGUCAGCCUUGACCAAGCUUUGGACUGAAGAAGGGCUUCUGGACACUAGAU